AUGUUCCCCGCACAGGACACUCUGCCCCGAGGUGGGCUCCACCUGAAAGAGGAGCCGCUGCUGCCCUCCAGCCUGGGCUCCGUGCGCUCCUGGAUGCAGAGCGCGGGCAUCCUGGACUCCAGCACCGCGGCGCAGAGUGGCGUGGGCCUGGCAAGAGCACAUUUUGAAAAGCAGCCCCCCUCCAACCUCAGGAAGUCCAACUUCUUCCACUUCGUGCUGGCCAUGUACGACCGGCAGGGGCAGCCCGUGGAGGUGGAGCGCACAGCCUUCAUCGACUUCGUGGAAAAGGAUCGAGAGCCUGGCACAGAAAAAACAAACAACGGGAUCCAUUACCGCCUUCGGCUGGUGUAUAACAAUGGACUCCGGACAGAGCAAGACCUCUAUGUGCGUCUCAUUGACUCCAUGUCGAAGCAGGCUAUCAUCUAUGAAGGACAGGACAAGAAUCCUGAAAUGUGCCGAGUGCUGCUCACUCACGAGAUCAUGUGCAGCCGGUGCUGUGACCGCAAGAGCUGUGGCAACCGGAACGAGACGCCUUCAGAUCCAGUCAUUAUUGACAGGUUCUUCCUCAAAUUCUUUCUCAAAUGCAACCAGAACUGCUUGAAGAAUGCAGGGAAUCCCCGAGACAUGCGCCGCUUCCAGGUGGUGGUGUCCACGACAGUGAGUGUGGACGGACACGUGCUGGCCGUGUCUGACAACAUGUUUGUGCACAACAACUCCAAACAUGGCCGCAGGGCCCGGCGCCUGGAUCCUUCUGAAGGUCAGGACUCCCGGCCCAGCCCUGGCCAACCUCAGUUUCCAUCUUGGUGCAGCCCCCUGACCUGGGUCCUCUCCUACCUCCCAGCUGCCACCCCCUGCAUCAAGGCCAUCAGCCCCGGGGAGGGCUGGACCACGGGAGGCGCCACCGUCAUUAUCAUCGGAGACAACUUCUUCGACGGGUUGCAGGUCGUGUUUGGCAGCGUGCUCCUGUGGAGCGAGCUCAUCACUCCCCACGCCAUCCGGGUGCAGACGCCGCCGCGGCACAUCCCUGGGGUGGUAGAAGUGACCCUCUCCUACAAAUCCAAGCAGUUUUGUAAAGGAGCCCCCGGCCGCUUUGUCUACACGGCCCUUAAUGAGCCUACCAUUGACUACGGAUUCCAGAGGCUACAAAAAGUCAUUCCCAGACACCCGGGGGACCCUGAGAGGCUGCCUAAGGAAGUGCUGCUGAAACGGGCGGCUGAUUUGGCGGAGGCCCUGUACGGAGUGCCCAGCAGUAACCAGGAGCUCCUCCUGAAGCGUGCAGCGGACGUGGCCGAGGCUCUGUACAGCGCCCCGCGCGCACCUGCACCCCUCGGACCCCUUGCCCCCAGCCAUCCACACCCCGCCGUCGUGGGCAUCAACGCCUUCAGCAGCCCUCUGGCCAUCGCCGUCGGGGACGCCACCCCGGAGCCGGGCUAUGCCCGCAGCUGCGGCAGCGCGUCGCCCCGGUUCGCGCCCAGUCCUGGCUCUCAGCAGAGCAGCUAUGGCAGUGGCCUUGGAGCUGGUCUCGGCAGCUACGGUGCGCCGAGUGUCACUGGCCUCGGCGUGCCAGGGUCCCCUAGCUUCCUCAAUGGCUCCACCGCAACCUCACCUUUCGCCACCCUCCCAUGAUUGUGGAGCCGCCCUUAAUUAGGGGGACCUGUGCUGAAACCUGGUGGACAGCAACCUUUUGGUCCUUCGCCGGGACUUCGGGAGGAGGCUGGCGGCCCCUGCUGGAAGCCUAAGGAAACUCUAGAGACUCGGGCUUCCAGCGCCCCGCAGCCCCGGGAUGUGUGGCUCCGGGUUUCAGCAGCACUUCCUGGGGCAGGGGAGGAAACGGUGGACCGAGUGGCGGCCCCUAGGGGCUCGGCGGGGCCCUGGAGGAGCUUCCUCACUCCCUCACCCAUAGGGCACUUAUUCCUGUCCCAUCCCUCUGAGUGCCUUGGGCAGCCUCUCAGGUUCUCCCAGAUGGUUCAGGCAUAAUGAGAAUUCCUUGUGAUCUGGACUGAAUUCAGAAUUGAGUGUUUUCGCCAGGAGCUGACAGACAUUCAACAGGUUGCACCUUUCAGUAAAACAAGAUCAGUAACACCUCCCCACCUUGCCCCCACCUCAGAUAGCUCUCUUAUCUGAAUAUGUCUCUAGAAAACCAGACAAAGUUCAGAAAGAACGUUAUGAUUUUGUAGGCCCAGUCUGAAUGGUAGUUGCUUGGCAUUUUGGGUUAGGUAGCUCUGUGGUAGAUGGACGGACGAUGGAUUUUUAUGCUUAAUCAUUUCACACUGCCUGCCAGUCUCUUGAAAUGCCGAUGGCUGCUUGGCGGGUACUUAUAAUCCACAUGGUGAGAGCACUAAGCUUGGGGGUUCUCUGUGCACCCAUUCUCACCAGCAAGAACCUCUUUACUGGUCACAAGAGAGUUUGUCCCUCAGGGCCUGGGGCACUAUGAAUCUGAGAAAUAGUGACAUCUGCCAAAGAAGGAGCUUUUGUGGCUUUACCUGCCGUUUCCACGCUUCUGCCUCUCCAUUCCUGUCUGUUUUUCAUUACCUAAAAUAACCGUCUAGCUACCUGCCUAGCUUUCUUUACCACGGGUGCUGCUCUUACUGGCUACAAAUCCAGCCUGGCACCUUCCUUUGACCUUGACUUAAUUUGUGGAACCCAACGUCCCCCCCAAGCCAGAGUCCACACGGGCUGUAGCCUUCCUGUGUCCCUCCACCCCCAGGCCAGUCUCUCCUGGCACCUAGCCAGCUCCCACUGCUCCACAUCCCUUCCGUUCUAAGGCAGUGACCUCUCAGCCUUCUGGUUUCCGUUGUGUUUGACUCUCUCACCCUUUCCCAGACACACAGCAGUAUGUCAGCAGUGGAAGGGGGCUGCCCCAGUGCACAGUCUCUCCAGGGUCACCCCAGUCAGCCAGACCAGAACUUCCAGAGUCACUCACCCUCAGCAGGGUCACUCGGGGUGCUACCUAGGCCUGUUCCCGUCUCAGAAAGACACACUUACAUAGGGUGUCAUUCUCACUGAGUUCGCCAGGAUGUCCCUGAAUUGUCCUAGUCAGAGGAUCUAGGGCUGUCUUUGUAGAACUCCUUAACUCUGCAAAAUGUGGCUAUUAGUUCUCUGAGCCUUGGCAGAUACCACAAAUAUUCUUUUUUAUAUAAUAGGUGUUAAGCACUCUGUAAUGCCCAGGUCUUUACCAGGAAGCACUGAGCAUUUUUCUCUAGGAGAUGGUGACCGCAGGCUAAGGAUGUUGAGGAUAGGUGCUAUUGCAGUCAUUUUUAUACCCACAGCGAACGGGUGUUCUGAUGUCAAAGUAGCCUUCUCAGCCACAGAUUUCUUCCAGGAAGUCUGUACCCGCUGUCCCUUGCCUGCUGGUUGGAGAAGAUUAAAAAAUCCUACCUGCUGGUCUUUAGAAGAGCGAAGCCGGGAAUUGGUUCAGAUGAAAACAUAGAAGGUGGAACUGAGCUGCGCUACACAGGAGCCCUCGCAGAUACGAGAGGCUCCCGGGGUUCAGACUGGAGAUGGCAGGGCCUUGAAUUAAAGUGGAAGAAACAGUGCCCAGGGCUGGGGAGCAGAGAAACAAAGUGCAGGGCGCAUUGCGUAGGAACGUUCAGUAGAGACAAACUUAGGGGCUUGUGUGAGCUGCCGUUCAUGGUAGAGCGGCUUUAGACGGGAGGGUGCAUAUAGGCUGCAUAGACACCAAAACUUCAUCCCUGUCUACUUACUCCGACUUUGAUGUGACUCUUGAACUUUGAGCGGAGCCUUGGCAGCGCAGCCCCAUAAGCAUUUCUUAGCGUUUCAGAACUCCGGUGGCGCUCAGCAGGAUUCCACCUUUCCACCUCUUUCUUAUCUCCCAUCUCUGAGAGCACUGCCCACUACUUGCUUUGUUUCGUUUUCCCUGGGCCUGAUCCUGUCUUCUCCAGCCCUGAAAAUGGUGUUCAGAACACCUGAAAAGGCCAGGGCUGGUCCAGCAUCCAGCAGCUCCCUUCUUACCUCUAGACAUUAUCUUGUCCUGGUCUUCUCAGGACCCUCAUAGCCCCCAGGGAGGUCUGAGCCUGCAGCCUGGUCAACAACCCACACGGGACUCACUGCCCACGUGGCACCCCAACCCUGCUGCUCACUCUGGUACUGUCUUCCUGUUGUGUCUCCCACUGCCUUCCUUGCUGCACCUGCCCCUUCCUCGCCCCGCCCCGGAGUCAUGCCCUCUAGCCCCCCGCUGGCGGCUGCCUCCUCCAUGUCCCUCCCGGCCGCUGCCCCCACCACCAGCGUCUUCUCCUUCUCGCCUGUCAACAUGAUCUCCGCUGUCAAACAGAGGAGCGCC